AUGUAAAAACUGGUAUAUUAAGCUCUCUUUUUUUACAAUAAAGUUGAUGAUAAAGGUGCAUCAGGUUUAGGUUCUGCUUUAGCAAAAUGCAUUAAUCUCUCAAAUUUGACACUUGACCUUCAUUACAAUAAAAUUGGCGAUGAAGGCGCAUCAGGCUUAGGUUCUGGUUUAGCAAACUGCAUUAAUCUCUCAAAUUUGAAACUUGAUCUUAGUUUGAAUAAAAUUGGUCGUGUAGGCGCAUCAGGCUUAGGUUCUGGUUUAGCAAAGUGCAUUAAUCUCUCAAAUUUGACACUUAAUCUUGAUAAAAAUUAAAUUGGUGAUGAAGGCGCAUCAGGCUUAGGUUCUGGCUUAGCAAAGUGCAUUAAUCUCUCAAAUUUGACACUUGAACUUUAUGAAAAUUAUAUUGGUGCAAUUGGUGCAUCAGGCUUAGGUUCUGCUUUAGCAAAUUGCAUUAAUCUCUCAAAUUUGACACUUAAUCUUGAUCUCAAUUAAAUUGGUGAUGAAGGCGCAUCAGGCUUAGGUUCUGGUUUAGCAAAGUGCAUUAAUCUCUCAAAUUUGUAACUAAGUCUUUAUGAAAAUUAAAUUGGUAAUGAAGGCGCAUCAGGCUUAGGUUAUGCUUUAGCAAAGUGCAUUAAUCUCUUAAAUUUGAGUAUUGAUAUUUGGUAAAAAUAGUUUAUUUGUAUUGGAUUGUGA